AUGAGUGCCUCAGAUGCUGAGAAAAAGGUCGCCAUCGUGCAAGAAGACAACGGUGGUUUGCACCGCCGUGUCGGAAACCGCCAGAUCCAAUUGUUUGCCAUCGGCGGUUCCAUCGGCACUGGUCUCUUCGUCAGCAUCGGCGGAGCUUUGUUCAAAGCCGGUCCAAUCGGCCUCCUUUUCGCCUUUAUCUUCUAUUCUUGCAUUAUAGGCCUCGUUAACAACUCUAUGGCUGAGAUGUGUACCCUCAUGCCCGUCAGCGGUGGUUUCGUCCGUAUGGCUGGCAAAUGGGUGGACGACGCCCUCGGCUUCUCGGCUGGUUUCAACUUUUUCUGCUACCAGGCCAUAUCCAUCCCGUUCGAGAUUACUGCUGUCAAUGUUGUGCUGGGGUAUUGGAGGGAUGAUAUUCCAGUGGCGGCGGUUUGUGCUGCUUGUAUCGCCGCUUAUGCUGUCAUCAACGUUACCGCAGUCCGCUACUACGGAGAGGCAGAAUUUUGGCUCUCUAGCGGAAAGGUUCUCCUCAUUGCGAUUCUAUACUGCUUCACCUUCGUUACCAUGGUCGGAGGAAAUCCCCAGCAUGACGCUUAUGGGUUCCGAUAUUGGAGCAAGCCCGGCCCCUUUGCCGAAUGGAUCACGACUGGCGGCCUUGGACGCUUCGAGGGAUUCCUAGCUGCCAUUUGGCUGGGCAUGCUGGUGAUUGUUGGCCCCGAGUAUAUUUCUAUGAUCGCCGCCGAGGCCGAACGACCCCGAGUCUACAUCAAGAACGCGUUCAAAACGGUUUACUGGCGGUUCGCUGCAUUCUUCAUUGGCGGAGCCCUCUGUGUCGGCAUCAUUCUCCCUUCCAAUGACCCCCAGUUGACUGCCUUCGUCGAAGGAACCGCCUCCGGCGCCGGAACUGCUUCGGCUUCCCCCUACGUCAUCGCUAUGAGCAACCUAAACAUCGACGUUCUGCCCCACAUCAUCAAUGCCCUGCUACUCACGAGCAUCUUUUCUGCAGGAAAUACCUACGUAUUUUGUGCGACCCGAAACCUCUACAGCAUGGCACUAGAGGGUCAAGCGCCAAAGUUCCUCACUCGCUGUGAUAGCCGGGGUGUUCCUUACUAUUGCCUUGGCGUCACGCUUCUCUUUUCACUGCUCUCGUUCCUUCAGGUCUCAAACUCGGGCUCCAAGGUUCUCGACUGGCUCAUCAAUCUGCUUAGCAGCGGCGGCCUCAUCAACUUCAUCAUCAUAUGCAUCACCUACAUCCGCUUUCAUAGCGCUUGCAAGGCGCAGGGUGUUGACCGCAAGACUCUUCCUUACUGCGGCUGGUUCCAACCAUAUUCCGCCUGGAUUGCAUUGAUCAUGCUCGUUAUCAUUGCCUUUGUCCAGGGUUACACAGUCUUUCUUCCUGGAAACUUUGCGGCGGAUUCAUUCUUGACCAAGUACACCAUGAUCAUCCUUGCACCCAUCACGUACCUUGGGUGGAAGCUCUGUUUUCGAUCAAAGGUUAUUAAGGCGAGCGAGGUGGAUCUGGUUUGGCUGCGUCCUGAGAUCGACGCCUAUGAGGCGAGCCUCCCUGAUCUUCCAAAGUCGCUUUUUGCAGACUUGCGCGAGAAGAUGGGACAGAUGAGGAAUCGGGAGGUUGAGUCACAGUAG